AUGCCCUGCUUUCAACGCUCAUGUCAAUUAUGUUCAAAGAAAGGGCACUUCGCUACUGUUUGCAAAAGUGGUAGACCAACUGUAAAUGCUGUAGACAGUGAAGUUGCGGAUGUUAUUAAAACCAAAUGUAUAUCUGCUGCAUCUCCAUCUAGCUUAAGCAAAGCGACAGUUCCUAUUAUGAUUAAUGAACUCCACGCUGAAGCUGUGAUUGACACCGGAAGUUCUGUCAGUUUUAUAAAUAAGACAUUAGGCCAAAAUAUGAACUUAAAGAUGAGACCUCAUAAGCAGGCUAUAUCUUUGGCUUCCCUUAGUCAUAUUUCUUUUGUAGAAGGCAUUACAUAUGCAACGAUAAAUUUAGACAAGCAUAGAUAUUCAAAUCAACCUUUACUAUUUGUCAAUAACCUAUGUGCAGAUGUUAUCUUAGGACAUGAUUUAUUGAAAAGCCACAAGACAUUAGAAUUUAACUUUGGGGGUUCAAGGGAUUCCUUAAAAAUAUGUGUUAUGGAAGCGUCAGUAUCUCCUGUAUCGUUGUUUACGAACCUUUCUCCAAACAUAAAGCCAAUUGCAAUAAAGUCAAGGCGUUAUACAAAAAUUGAUGAAGAAUUUAUUAGAGGAGAAGUUUCUAAAUUGUUGAAGGAUGGAGUGAUUGAACCAAGUAACUCUCCUUGA